UAGUCAGUCUGUUUGGUAAACUCAAGUGCGAUUCUUGUGAUUGUGCUGUGUGCGGUUGAGUGGCAGUGUAAAAUCCGCUUUCCUACAUACAUCCAUACAUACAUACAAAUAUUCUGUUCCGAGAGCACACACAGUUGUAAGAAUUGUGUUAAAGAAAAAGUUAAGAUUUACACGCCGCUGCUGACACAUUUCAAUUGAACGUGGAAAAUGUCGAUCUAUCGUAUUUCAACGCGUAAGCUGCCCGAAGCGCAGAAAUUGAAUGGCCUUCUGGUUCGCUUCAUCUCGGCCGAUUCGAGCUUGCGUGAUGUGCUCGCUGCUAAAAUUCCAGCUGAACAGGAGCGUGUAAAGAAUUUCAGGAAGCAAUAUGGUGCCACCAAAAUGGGUGAAACCACCAUCGAUAUGAUGUAUGGUGGUAUGCGUGGCAUCAAGGGUCUCGUUUGCGAAACCUCUGUAUUGGACGCCGAUGAAGGUAUCCGUUUCCGUGGUCUCUCCAUUCCCGAAUGCCAAAAGGUACUGCCCAAGGCCGAAGGCGGUGAUGAACCAUUACCUGAAGGUCUCUUCUGGUUGUUGCUUACUGGCGAAGUGCCAACCAAAGGACAAGUGAAACAACUGUCCAAGGAAUGGGCCGAACGCGCUGCACUGCCACAACACGUUGUCACCAUGUUGAACAACAUGCCCACCACUUUGCAUCCAAUGUCGCAAUUAGCGUGCGCCGUCACCGCACUGAAUCAUGACAGCAAAUACGCCAAGGCUUAUUCAGAGGGAGUUCACAAGAGCAAGUACUGGGAAUAUGUGUACGAGGACAGCAUGGACUUGAUUGCCAAACUGCCCGUAGUCGCCGCGACCAUCUACUGCAAUACUUACCGUGGAGGCAAAGGUUCCAAAUCGGUUGACUCCAGCCAAGAUUGGUCGGCCAACUUCGUCAAGAUGUUGGGCUAUGACAACCCCAAAUUCACCGAGUUGAUGCGUCUCUACCUGACCAUUCACAGUGAUCACGAGGGUGGCAAUGUUUCUGCACACACUGUGCACUUGGUUGGCUCCGCAUUGAGCGAUCCCUACUUGUCGUUCGCCGCCGGCAUGAAUGGUUUGGCUGGUCCAUUGCACGGUUUGGCCAAUCAGGAAGUGUUGGUGUGGCUGCGCAAAUUGCAAAAGGAAUUGGGCGCCAACCCAUCAGAGGAUCAAUUGAAGGACUACGUCUGGAAGACAUUGAAAUCAGGACAGGUUGUGCCCGGCUACGGCCAUGCUGUGCUCCGCAAAACUGAUCCACGCUACACCUGCCAACGCGAGUUCGCGCUCAAGCACCUGCCCGACGAUGAUCUCUUCCAACUGGUGUCGAAGAUCUACAAAAUCGUGCCACCAAUCCUAACCGAAACCGGCAAGGUCAAGAACCCCUGGCCCAAUGUGGAUGCUCACUCUGGUGUGCUGCUCCAAUACUACGGCAUGAAGGAGAUGAACUACUACACCGUGUUGUUCGGCGUUUCACGCGCACUCGGCGUGUUGGCUUCAUUGAUCUGGGAUCGUGCGUUGGGUCUGCCCAUCGAGAGACCGAAAUCCUUGUCGACCGAUAUGUUGAUGAAAAUGGUACAGAAGUAAAAAUGGGCAGUGUUGUGCAGAAGCAGUAGGGAUGAUCUGAAGUUGAGUAGGCAAGUGGAGAGGAGAAGUUGAAGUAAAAAUGUGGAAACAACCAAAAACUAAACCUAAAUCGCGAAAUAGUUUUAUUGAAGAACAAACACACAACCCAAAAGAAAAUAGCAAAACAGCAAAUUUAGUAAAUGAUGAACAAAUGGAAAGGAAAUAAAAAUAGUUAUGCAAUCCAAUAUUUAUUGCUAUUCACGAUCAACAACAGCAAACAAUAAAUUGCCCAUUUCAAGCAACCCCAAAUAGCAGAGAAAUAACUUUCAACAACAAAAAGAAAACUAGAUAACUUGAAACGCUUUUAAUUUUAACUUAAUUAUUAUUACUUUUAAGCGUAAAGCGUGCGUGGGAGCAACAACAACUGUAUAAAAAUUAUAAUUAAACACAAAACGAUUAGAAGCAACUAGCAAAACAACAGCUGAGAAAAUGCCCGAUUUACGAAAUGUAAACAACGUGAAUUUGUUUUAAUGAAAUGUUUUUCGAGCUACAGCUCAAUUAAAAAGUAUGAUAUUAAUUUACUUUAAAAUAAAAAAAAGAAACUUUUAAAUUAAAAUCUUCUAAAUAAGUGCACUACCAAUACCGAAAAUUUCACCUGAAUAAGAAGAGACGCAUUAGUUAUAUAUACAUAUAUAUGUAUAUACCUACAUAGCAUAUAUAUACUACAUAUAUUGUGACGUGUAUAACAUACAGACAUACAAAAUCUUGUGAAACGGCAUUAUUACUUUUUGAGUUGUGGAAAUUCAAUGAAAUAAAAUAAAUAAUUGUAUUCGAGGAUAAGUGAAAAAUCUACAUACAAUAAAGAAAAA